GUAAAACGAGUCUGUUAUUUGAUGUCUUUCUUUAUCAAAAUUGAAGUGCUGGUUUUAUAUGCAUGUUAAUUCUCAAGUAAAAACUAAAUUAAACGCAGAGGAUUCUGCUACUCGAGUCUCAAGCUAACAGUCAGUGAAGAUGGACGUCAACGUCUCCGUGUCGUUCUUUCAAGACGAGCUCGCCUCUACCAUCGAGCACGCAGUGAAAGCGGCUGUAGACACCGUCUUGUGCGAAAUCACAAAAGUUGUCGGCGGCAUAUUCACUGAUUUCCAAAUGGAAAUGGCUGGAAAGGAGAAAGAGAAUGAAAGUCUGAAGUUGAGAUUGGAAAUAUCAGAGAGCGAGUUGAAAGCAGUGCGGGAAUGCAUGAACGCUGCAGAUGCAGACAUUAAACAACCUCUCAGAAACAUGAACCCCGACUGCAAUGAACAAGACUUUCAGAGGAACGAGAACCAGGGAUUAUUUCAAGAUCCCAAAGAGAGCCAUGCUGUACCUAAAUCUGAAGCACAGGAGGGGCCAAGGAUAGAAUCAGUUUACACACUAGAGGAGCCCUUUGACCAGGAGUGGUGUGCAAGUCUAAAGCAGGUUACAGAGCUGACAUGUGUUAAAGAUGAAGAGGUCCCUCGACUGGAAUGUGUUCCUAUUAAAGAGGAAUUCAUAGAACAGGAAUGCGUCCCCAUCGCAGAGGAAGUUCCUACUGAAAAUAAUGUCUGGACACUUGAGGAGAACAACAAGCUGGGAUCCAGCCUGUGUGAUGAUUGUCCAUCUGAAUGUGGACUGGGAUUUAGAGCUGCUAAAGGAAAUAUCACAGGAGGGACUCCUUUAUCACAUCUUAAAAUCCACCAGCGUGUUCACACAGGAGAGAAACCUUAUCACUGCUUUAAGUGUGGGAAGAGAUUCAGUAAUGUUACAAACCUUAAAAUCCACCAACGUGUUCACACAGGAGAGAAACCCUACAGCUGUAAUGAAUGUGAGAAGAGGUUCACUCGAUCGGAAUAUCUUAAAAAUCACCUCCGAAUUCACACAGGAGAGAAGCCACACCACUGUAAUUACUGUGUGAAGAGUUUCACUCAGUUACAACAUUUAAAAGCACACCAACGAAUUCACACAGGAGAGAAGCCAUACCACUGUGAUGACUGUGGGAAGCGCUUUACUGAAUUAGGAACUCUUAAAAGACACCAAAGAAUUCACACAGGAGAGAAACCGUACCAUUGUAAUGACUGUGAGAAGCGCUUCACUGAAUUAGGAUCUCUUAAAAGACACCAACGAAUUCACAGGAGAGAAACCACACCAUUGUAAUGAAUGUAGGAGAAGUUUCACUCGAACAGACAGCCUUAAAAUACACCAACGAAUUCACACAGCAGUGAAACCCUAAAUGCUGAAUGCUGUGAAAGAUUUAAUCUGGUGGGACAUCUUAAUAAUCAGAAAACACUAACAAGACAAAAACUCUGUCACUGAAGAGAUUAACCCCUUCUCUGCUGAGGCCCUUGUGACCCUCAGCGCUACAGGAAUUUUGUCAGUUUGUUUUCCACCAAAAUGACCAUAUGUGCCCUUUCAGAUACCCCAGACAAUCAAUCAAUCUCUCUCUUGCUCUCUCGCUCUCUCUCUCUCUCUCUCUCUCUCUCUCUCUCUCUCUCUCUCUCGCUCUCUCUCUCUCUCUCUCUCAAAUUCAAACUGGCUUUAUUAGCAUGACAGGAGUGAUCCAGUGUUACCAAAGCAUUUCAACACACAUUACAUGUUGGGGCAGCAGUGUGGAGUAGUGGUUAGGGCUCUGGACUCUUGACCAGAGGGUCGUGGGUUCAAUCCCAGGUGGGGGACACUGCUGCUGUACCCUUGAGGAAGGUACUUUACCUAGAUUGCUCCAGUAAAAACCCAACUGUAUAAAUGGAGAAUUGUAUGUAAAGAUAAUGUGUAAAAAAUAAUGUGAUAUCUUGUAACAAUUGUAAGUCGCCCUGGAUAAGGGCGUCUGCUAAGAAAUAAAUAAAUAAAUAAAUAAUAAUACAUACAUAAAAUAGAAAUACAAUGUUAAUAACACACACUAUCACCCCCCUCCCUCCUCCUUAACAGAAUGUAAGCAAUAUAACAGCCCCCUGUCUAAUUUAACAAUAAACAGGUCAUUUCUAUUGAGUGUCUCCACACUGUCCCUCAGGCUGGGACAGGCACGCACGUCCUGGGCUGCUCACUCUGCAGUCAGAGCCUCCUCUCCCAGCAGGAUCUGCAGUUUCUCAGUCAGGCAGGUGUGGAAACUGGGUCAACUGACUCAAGAAUUUCAGGAGGUGUGUGUCCCUUAUUUGGCAGUAUAUGGAGCAGGACAGCAGGAGGUGCGCCUUUGUUUCGACUUCUCCCAGCUCACAGUGACAGCACACUGUUCAGUCUGUCCAGCCAGCUCCUUUCAUGGCGGCCUGUUUCGACGGCCAGGCUGUGGUCACUGACUCUGUACUUCGUUAGGGUUUGUCUUUGUUUGGGAUCUUUUACCCUGAUAUUGUGCCAGGUUAAAGCCCCUGUUCAGGGCUCGAGAGCAUUCCAAUUUGUUAAUUAAUUUUGUUUCAUUAUCCUAAUGCUCAAUGUAUGUCAUUUUAUUAUUGAGAUCAAUUUGUUUAAAUGUUAUUGCUGUAAUUUUGUCAUCGGCAGUGUUGCCAGGCUAGUGUUUCUUUGCUCGUUGUCUCAGGGGGUCUGUCUGAGCAGAGCUGGGGUCUCUGGGAUGCUUUGUGGGAUGGAGUAAGGGGAAGAGACCAAGUUCAGUUCCCGACACACAUGGUUGUUAUCCCAUGUUUUGUAAUUAUAUUUUGAAAUUGGGCCCCAUAUUUGGCUGACAUAAAGAAGGAUUUGUUGGAUAACAGUCACAGAUUUUUAGCCAUAUCUUUAUUGGGGGGGGGGGGGUUAUAUUUGUAAAGUGCUUUUUUCCUUCAAUGCGUUUAUAGCCACAUUGGAACUCCGUGACGCGCUGAUGGUCAGAACCAGGUAAACGUGGCUAGUGGUGAUUCCCAGAGUGAAGCAGUUCCUGUUUCUCCAUGAUUUCAUGUUUCAUUAUUUACACUAUUUACAAAGUCAAGGUCAUACAUACAUACAUACAUAUACACACAGAGAGAGAGAUGGUGGAUGUCACGGUGGUGUGCCAGGUGCACGGUUGCCAGCAGGGUGCAGCCUCGGGACACCUCAGCGUUGAUGUUAUGGAUGACUGGCUGUGGCACGUCCUGCUCUGGGCAGUAGGGUGGAGAUGGUAACCUUGGUUGAGGGGAACUCUUCGGUGGCUGUAGCUGCCACCUGCCUCAGGGUUUGGCCACGUCGCCCCUGCGUGUGCGCUUAGGUCGUUAGUCCCGGUGUGGAUCAGGAUGUGCUGGGCGUCGCUCAGUCUUCGCCCUGACAGCAGGUCUGUGUUGUUGGGCACCAGAUCUUCUUUACUCUUCUUCCAGGGAAGAGGCGCCUCUCAUUCAGAUACUUCUCAUUUGAGAUGCUCAGGAUGAUAAUUUCUGCACUGGCCUGCUGCACAGUGAGUGUGUCAGUGCUUGGGGUGUUAGAAGGGGCAGUCUGUGUGUGAACACCUUUCAGGUAAAAAAAACGAUCGACGAUCCCCAACAAACUUAUCAGAACUGGAGCAAUUUUCCCGUGAAGAAUGGGCAAACAUGUCACCAUCCUACUGCGCAAAGCUAGUAGAGACCGAUCCAAAAAGACUCAUAGCAGUAAUUGCUGCAAAAGGUGCUUCUACCAAGUACUGACUUAAGGGGCUGAAUACUGCAACCAGCAAAUUUCAUUUUGUACAUCUUCUUUGCAAGUCUUGCUGACAUUUAACCUCCUCCUCAUAUAACAGUGUUCACUUUAACCACGACAGCUUUGAAUAAAAAAAGUUAGUUUGAAAAACUGUGCAUACAUUAUUUGUAAUUCAACAAAAUGUGACAUUAUUGGUAGGGGGUGAAUACUUCUGCAAACCACUGUGUGUGUGUGUGUGUGUGUGUAUAUAUAUAUAUAUAUAUAUAUAUAUAGUUUUUGAUCCAGCUAGUUACUACGCCCAGCACAAUAACUUAGACUUUUAUUGGCCAACAGAAUCAGGUGUUAAUGUGUUUGUGAACACAGAACCAAUGUGCGAUGUUUGAACGUCAUUAGAUCUUUUUAUGUCUAAACGUACCUGCUGUACACUAGGAUGUAAUGCAAGGCUCAUUAUUACAAUGUUCGAGUCAAAAUAAAAUUUUAAUCUAAAUAUUGUGUAUUUCCUAGAAAAUAUGACUGGGAAAAUAUUGAAUAGUAGACAAAAUUGGGUAUGAAUCAGUAAAAACCGAGAUACAGUUAAAAAAGAAAAUGUAAUUUUUCAGUAAAAUUUGCUGUAAACCGGAAAUGCAGAACA